UGAGAGAGAGAGAUUUGAAAAACGUUUUCGAAAGUGCCGAGUCGCGAAUAGUGUGGGAGCGAAAUGCUAUUGAUAUCGCGAGUAAGCCAAACAAAUUGAAAGCAAUGUUAUGGUUACUAUUUGUUAAAUACAAGUCGAAAGAUAAACAUAGUCCAGCUUUACGAUACGCCAAAAUAUUUACGACGACUGGUCCCAAAACGGCGAUAAUAAAGAAAAAACUAAUUAAAAUUCAAAGCAUUUAAAAGUCAAAAACUCAAAAAUGGCAGUUAUGCGAUUUGAGGGCAAAUAAUGCAGCUGUCUGGCAUUAAGGAGGCCAACAGUAGCAUCAUUAGCACCAUCACACAAAGCAUCAGCGAGCGAUUUGCAAGGAAAUCGCCAACAGCCGCCAGGACAAGGAAAUUUGGCAGGCCAUUCAUGUCCAUGCUGGAACAGAUGCCAUACGGCAAUCAGACAGUUAGCGAAGAGCGACUGUACAGCAACAGCAACAGCAACAGCAACACUACCAACAACAACAUCAUGUCAUCAGCAACAACAACAACAACAACAGAAGCAACAGCAGCAGCAACCACAUCAGUCACAUCUGCAGUCACAAUUUCGUCACUUUCGACAGCUGGCGCCUCAUCGCUAAACGAUUCGAAUGUCAUCAAUCGGCUGGCGGAUGUCACAAUUGGCACACAUUUUGAGCCAAGCAGCGCAAUGUCAGCAAAUGUCAGCGUGGAUCCAGCCGCCAGUUCGCCCUGGAACAUCACCUAUGUCUCCGUCUCGGCCACCAGCUACAACAACUGUUCCGCCCUGUUUGCCAACUACACCCAACCGCAAGCAGGCAUUUAUUGCAACUGGACUUGGGACUCGCUGCUCUGUUGGCCACCAACGCCGGCCGGCGUGCUCGCCCGCAUGAAUUGCCCCGCUGGCUAUCACGGUGUGGAUCCACGCAAGUUCGCCAACCGCAAGUGCGAGCUUGAUGGUCAUUGGGGUGGCCGACCCAACGAGACUGAACCAAAUCCCGCUGGCUGGACCGACUAUGGACCCUGCUACAAGCCCGAGGUCAUACGACUCAUGCAGGAGAUUAAGGAUGUGAAUCUCUAUAUGGAUAUUGCGCAGCGAACACGCACUCUGGAGAUUAUCGGACUAUGUCUGUCCCUAUUGGCAUUGAUCAUAUCGCUGGUAAUCUUUUGCGCAUUUCGAUCGCUGCGCAACAAUCGCACCAAGAUACACAAGAACCUCUUCAUUGCCAUGGUGCUGCAGGUGAUUGUGCGACUGACCCUCUACCUAGAUCAGUUUCGACGUGGCAAACCGGAGGCGGCGACCAAUGCGAGUCUUUCGGUUAUUGAAAACACGCCGUAUCUGUGUGAAGCAUCCUAUGUGCUGUUGGAAUACGCACGAACCGCGAUGUUUAUGUGGAUGUUCAUUGAGGGACUCUACUUGCAUAACAUGAUCACUGUCGCCGUAUUCCAGGGCAGCUUUCCGCUCAUCAUCUUCUCGCUGCUGGGCUGGGGAAUGCCCGUGGUAAUGACCACCGUCUGGGUGCAGUGCACAGCCAUCUUCAUGGACACAUCGCUGGGUGAUUGCAUGUGGAACUACAAUCUGACACCGUACUAUUGGAUACUGGAGGGACCACGGCUGACCGUCAUAUUGCUGAACUUCUUCUUUCUGGUGAACAUUAUACGCGUGCUUGUGGUGAAGCUGCGUCAGUCGCAGGCCAGCGACAUCGAGCAGACACGCAAAGCGGUGAGAGCGGCAAUUGUGCUGCUGCCGCUGCUGGGCAUAACGAAUCUGUUGCAUUUGGUGCCGGCACUGAAAACGGCUUGGAAAUUCGCUGUGUGGAGCUAUGUGACACAUUUCCUAACAUCGUUCCAGGGCUUCUUCAUAGCGCUCAUCUAUUGUUUCCUCAAUGGCGAAGUGCGCACUGUGCUGUUGAAGAGCCUGGCCGUGUGGAUGUCGGUGCGUGGACAUCCCGAGUGGGUGCCAAAGCGUGCCUCGAUGUAUUCGGGUGCCUACAACACCGCCCCCGAUACCGAUGCACUGCAGCAGCCAGGCGAUGCUCCGCCGCCAGCAACAACUGCGGCCGCUGGCAAGCGUGUGUCGCCGCCGAACAAACGCUUGAAUUGCCGCAAAGCCAGCAGCGUGAGCAUUGUCAUCGCCAAGGAGCCGCAACGUCAGCGGCUUGUGCAACAACAGCAGCAACAGCAGCAGCGUAACAACAACAAUUCGCGCAACAUAAUGCCAGACGAUGAGGCAUCCGCAUCGGCAACACGCAUACAGAUCAAAGAUGCGCCCUCAUCGGGACAUCGCAACUGGAUGAUCGGCCUGUGCUUUCGCGGCCAAAAGGUACUGAGAGUACCGCCAGCGUCAUCCGUACCAACCGAGUCAGUUGUAUUUGAGUUGUCAGAGCAGUAGACCAAACCAAACAAACAAAUUAACCUAAUCAACAAACAAUAUUCAAAUAAAAAUACUAGUCCUAGCCAUUAGUUUUGUAGUCUGUAGCCCGUAGCGCCCUAAGUACCAACCAAGCAACCUAUUCACACACUUGUUUCCCUCUGCUCAGCCCACGUAGCCUAAAUCCUAAAUUUAACAACUACAUGCAUACACUUUUUGUAUAAUACAUACUAUAUAUAUAGCUGCUCUUCUUCUUCUACUACUUGCACAUACGCCACAUAACGCUUGCUCUACUCGCUCUCAAUAGACAAUACAUCUCUCUCUCUCUCUCUCUCUCUCUCUCUGUACAAAGACCGUCGUUAUCCUCGCUCAAAAUUCUCAUAGUUUUUCACUUUUUUUUAAUGGAAGGGCGUUACAAAUUUGAUUUAAACAAAAGGCCUACUAAACUUAGCUUUGAAAUUAAAAUUGGCAUUUACUUGUAAACGUCCUCAAAACUUCAUUGCAAUUGGCUUAACAACUUCAAAGAUAUACAAGAUAGUUAUUUCUAGUUCUAGCGCAUUUCCUUUAUGUAUAGAUCCAAAAAUGUCUCAACCAUCUGCAGGGUCCAUUUGUAUUUACUUUCGCCCACAACAUACACUUCGAAACUCGUUUCUAGGAUCGUUUUUAGUUGAGAUACUUUUCUUGUAUCAUAUAUAUGCAUAUAUAUACUACUUACCAUUUUCAAAUCGACCAAUGUAUGUAAUUGUCAUUCAACCACAAUGAACAAAACGCUAGUCAAUCAAUAUGCAUACUAUACUAUACUAUAUAUACUAUAUAUAAUUUUUAUAUAUACUUCAAAAAUAUAUAUUACAAAGCUACUGUUAGCAUGGUAUUCAAUAAUUUUUUUUCCAGCAAGAAACUAUGCAUAGGACUCUAUCUGGCAGCAUGUCUAUAUCUGCAACAUUCGAAAUACAAAAAAAAAACAAAAAUAAUAAGAA